UUUGUAAAAUAUAUAAUUAGGGAUUCGAAGGUAAAAAUUAAGCGAUAUAUCGAUAAGGCCAACAAAAUAGAAGUAGCCUUUAAGGGUAACGAAAUUAAGGCCGAAUUUAUAAAGGAUAUUAUAAAUAAGAAGAUACAAUUCCUUAUAAGUAAGUAG